CAUUAUAAUGCCUUACCUGGCUCGUUAAACCUCACUUUGCGCAGCCGGUGAAUGCGGCCGAUAUGUUAGAUUACACCACAGCACCAAGAGGAAGCGAGCGUAUCACCAAAAAGCCGACAUCCAAGAGGCUUGCUUUGUUUAGCUAACACUUGCUAGCCUCUCUCCGGAUGUGUUUCUAAUGAUCCGACGUCACAAGACGACCAUCUUCACCGAUGCCAAAGAGUCCACUUCGGUGUACGAGCUGAAACGCAUCGUGGAAGGCAUCCUCAAGAGGCCGCCCGAGGAUCAGAUGCUUUACAAGGACGACAUGCUGCUGGAAGACACUCAGACGCUGGGAAACUGUGGCUUCACAAACCAAACAGCGCGACCUCAGGCCCCCGGCACAGUUGGACUAGCGUUUCGUCUCGAUGAUUCAUUUGAGCAGCUGAGCAUCGAGCCGUUCUCCACACCCCCUGAGCUCCCCGACGUCAUGAAGCCGCAGGACUCGGGCAGCACAGCCAACGAGCCGGCCGUACAGUGAGGGAGAGGCAGGAGUGGGGGUUUGCACCGGUUUGAGCGAGGGAGGGUACGAGGGAGGGAACAUUUGGGAAGCGACGCCUCAGCGGCUAGUCUUGCGGACAACAGAUCUGGAGCUGGACAGAAACAAACACGGGUUGUUGUGCGUGCAAGCGAUGCGUUUGUGUGCAUGUUAGAUCCAUAUUCACACCCCACACUGGUCACAACACUGUUACCUGGUAGAGGCUCAACAUGUAAAGCAUUAUACCUCCUAUUUAAUUAAGUCUAGUCUUUAUUUGAGCUGUCAUUGAGCUGCCUUACUUGUGCGUGUUUGUUUUUUACUGGCUUCAAUGUGGGCGUCAACGAGGAGAGACCUUUUUACGCUUUUGUUUGUGUUAAGAUAUUCGCAUAUACUGGCUUGUUUUGGGGUCUCAGAAACAAAUUCACGCUGAUCAUUUCCUGCAACACAAUGGCUGCAAAGUGAACCAUCUUUAUCCCAAUGUUACAUCCUGGCUAAUGUUUGUAGCACACAGCAUCUUGUCGACCUUAAUCCGUGGGCCUGGUAAAUGUUUAUAAGUUAAGGAAAUGUAAGUUAAGGAAGUAGUGUUUGAGCCCUCCUGUUACCCCACAAUCACGUAAAGGUUUAUUGUAUUUGCUUGUAUACUAUUUAUACAUUGUUACAGAUUGUUUCCCUGAAAUUAAAACAGAAAGAGAAUGGAACGCAGCAAAACUUGAGUAAUAUUUAUGAUUUAGAUCAGGGGUCACCAACGUUUUUGUGAGAGCUACUUUUACAAAAUGAAAAUGGCCAAGAGCUACUCAUUUUUGUAACAUUUAUUUUCAGAGCUUAUUUUAAACCCAAACAAAGCGAAUAUGCUUGUUUUACCAGAACAUUAACAAAAUGCUGGUGUCCACAACUCACAUUUUGUAUUUCAGAAUGCAUUUCUUUCUACUGUUCUUUCAUUAUUAACUGAAAACCUGAAUGAAAAGCAGGCUUGCGGGCACCUCAUGUGGUUGUGGGGGGCUACCUGGUGCCUGCGGGCACCACGUUGGUGACCCCUGAUUUAGAUGAUCUACAACUACAAAGCCAAAUCCUCCAUGAGUCACCUUAGGGUGCUUGAAUGUAUUUGACAGAGUUGACUUAGGGCCCCAGUCAAAAAAUGUAAAUGAUUCAACAUUAAAACAGGUUGUUUUUUCA